UAGACUUACACACAAACUAAUAUAACAUAUACUAAAAUUUCAACUAUCAACUUAAACUUUUAGUUGAGUUGAUUUCUUGACAUAAAUAUGGUUCGCCUUCUAUUGAAAGCAAACUCUAUCAUUUCAGAGCCGCAAACUGGGUUUGCGGCUCUAAUCGUUGUAUUUUGCGCCUGCACGCUUUUCAUGUGUGCCUCUCAUACCAGGAAAUGGAGACGAUGGUAUACAACACAAACCAGAGGAACAGAUCCUGUUAUACAACAGCUUCAUAAUGAAGGCAAUAUAUUUUCUCCAAAUGAAGUAGGAGAAAAUCAACAUGUUUCAGGACCUGUUUGGCAGAAGAAUAUACUUAUGGGAGGCAAAUGCCAACUACCUGAUUUUUCUGGGGUUAUUAUUUAUGACUCUGCUGGGAAUGUUGUUCCACAAAACAAGCCUUCUUUACUUGCUCUUCCAUGGAAGUAGGUUUAGUGAUUAUUUUCUCUGUUUCUUAGAAUUUGCACCGUAUAAUUUAAAAAUUCAGGAAU